UCCCGCCGCCGGGGUUGGCCGGAGCCUGCGGGCAGCGUCCGGCAGGGCGGCCUCGCCUUCUACGUGCUCUGGGCUCUGCGGGAGCCGCCGCGGCGGCUCGGCAGGUGCGGCCAGGCCCCGGCCUUGCGCGAACGCGGCCGGUCCCUGUCGGGACUGAGCUCCCCUCGGGCCGGGGCACCUGCACGCCACGCCUUGGCCCCUCUGGAGAUGCCGCUGCCCGAGCGGCUGCGCUGCUCCUGCCCCUGGCGGUUCUCCCUUCCCACCGGUUAUUUCCUUCCCGGCAUCCUUGCACUGUUUGGUCUUUAAAUUACACAAGCCCUCUCCUUUCACCCUUCCCUGGCAUAAACGUGUUUUCAGGAGUCGUCAUAUAUUUUUUCCCACCUUUUAUUUUACUCCUUGAUUACUAUCUCUUGGUUUUUUUCCCCUCCUCUUGCAGCCAGUCCAGCCAGAUGGGUUUCCAGGCUUGGCUGCCACUGCCAUUGCCAAAGCAGCUGGUGGUGUUCGGGCUGGGAGACUGGAGCUGUUACUCUCCGGACACGAGCAUCGCAGUGGAUGUGCUGGUGUCCCCAGAUGUCGCGCCACAGCGGGUCGGCACACUGGAGCCCACCCGCAGGUCUCUGGUGUGGGAAGAUGACUGGAGAACAGAUAUUUUCAUGGCCUCAUUGAAAGAGAUGGACAAAGGCAACCCUGUGAGGCUUGUCCUGACUGUCAGUGGACAGCUGCUCCGAGGUGUCUCCAGCAGUACGCCUGCCCGUUCUUUUCUUGUACCAGAGACCACCCAGUCACCAGUACUCCCAGCAGAUGAUAGGCCACUUGGUCAGGACCUGGAGGAUCCUACUGGGGUUAAGAGUCAGAGCUCAGAGAUGGCUGCCAGAGCAUCCAGGCCUGUGAAGAACAUCCAGCCACCACUGAGGACUGUGGUGGUACCCUGUGUCCUGAAGUCACCAGCUGGAAAGGUGGAAUCCAGUGAGGCCUGGAGGAAGAGUCCUGACGAAGGACCACCAAGAGUCCACUCCAAAAAGCCCAGAAAAGUUUUAUUUGAACCCACAGCAUCUGAGAAAGAUCUUGAUGAAGAAGAUCUGGCAGUGAAGGAGUUGCAAGGCAGUCCCAGCCCUCGAUGGUGCCAUGCCAUGUGCCUCAGUGACCUGGGGACAGCUGUUCUCAUUGGUGGAGAAGGUGUCAAUCAACAGUCCUGCAGGGAUGCUUUCUGGAAGCUGGAAACUGACAGUGAUUUAUGGCUUCCAGUGGGUUUCCAGCUACAGAAUGCCAUGCCAUCAUGCUUGCAUGGUCACACAGCUACCUAUGACCCUGACACCAAGCGUAUCUACAUCUUUGGGGGCAUAAGGGAGGACAAAGACUACAGCAGCAUGUACAUUCUGGACACAGUCACCUGGAAAUGGCUCCUUGUGGCUGCGAAAGGGAGGAUACCAGUGCUCACCUACCACAGCGCAACUAUCUACCACAAGGAGCUCUUUGUUUUUGGAGGAACUUUCCCUAGAAAGGCAUCACUCGCAGUUGCACCCUGCAGCAAUGUGCUCUAUGUCUUCAAUCCAGAGCAUGAGAUUUGGUAUCAGCCCAUUUCAGAAGGGGAGAAACCUCUACCUAGGCUUGGGCAUUCAGCUACUCUAUUGAAAAACAAGCUGCUGAUUUUUGGGGGUCGGAGGACUUCUCUCUACCUUAGUGACAUGCACAUUCUGGAUCUGGGUUUCAUGGAGUACACACCAGUCCCCCUGCUGGCAGGACAGCCUUCUGCACGUUGUUUUCAUGCAGCUCUGGCUGUGUCAGACCAGAAGGUUCUGAUCAGUGGAGGCUGCAAUGCCAGAGGAGCCUUCCAUGAUGCCUUUGUCUUCCACCUAGAUACUCUUUCAUGGAGCACAGUGAUCCACCACGACCUCUGCUCUGUUCCCCGAGCUGGCCACACAUUGCUUGACCUGACUCCUGCCCACUUAAUAGAUAUGGACAAGAAGAAAGAGGAGCAGAACCUGCACAAGGUGUUGGUCUUUGGGGGCUCCAACUGUGCUGGGACCUUUUAUAACAGCACAGUCAAGAUCCAGCUGGACCUAGGAUAAUGCAUGAUUCUCAGAAUGAGCCUGAACAGCAAGUCUCUUCACCAGAUUAAAUACAGAUAUGGAUGGCAAUAAAUUAGUCCAAGCAA